AUGUCAGAUUCAGAUAGCAGUGAUGACGAAGGUAUUCCCUCAAUCGCUGCCUUGGUCAAUUCUUUGGUGCCAAAUGCACCUGGCAGUGAUGACGACAGCGAUUCAGAUGCAGGAGAACGAGCCGACGUUGUUGGAAAACUCCCUUCAUCGAUUUCCAACUUGGUCCAAAGUCUGGUGCAACAAUACGACUCUAUCAGUGAUGACAGUGAUCCAGGCAACAGCAGUAGCGACGAUGAUGACGAAAACAACAAUAAGAAGAAUGCACCUGCUCGUGUUCCUGUUGAUGACGACGAUAGCGACGACGACGACGACGACGAGGAUGAUGCUGAUCUUUCAAAUUUGGUGCAGAAUAUUCUAAACCGACGGGCGCAUAGAGAUUCCGUGGACGUCAAUAGUCGGUUAGGUCCGAUCACCAUGAACAUACCAAAGUCUUCUCCGAAGCAUUCACCAAAAAAGGUUGACAUCAAAAAAUCCUCAGCCAAAGCACCCCCAAAAUCAACUGGUCUACAGGAUACCAUGCAUAGUCUACCCGAGCAUAAAGCCAUCCUGUCACCACUUCCAUCCACUCCCAUACGCAGCAAAAUUACCCCCUCGGGUCGACAGAGACAAGCCAAUGGCAAAAGCAGUCCUUCCGAAACCAACAGUAUCCAACAGACUGCGCAGUCAUUAUCACUUAACGAGUCCAGUCAUACUAUAAUCAGUGCUGCAUCUACAGACUCCAUUUUUGAUGCCGCAGAAUUGGACGAUGCCUUGGGAAAGGGGGAUUUCAAUGACGACGACAACUCGGAAAGUUCCUUUGCCAUACCAAACGGUUCCAUCUCCUCUUCCAUAGGCGAAUUUGCAUCCAGUGUCAGUGCUAGGGAUAAUUCCAAACAAAACCGAACGAAAAAGAGGAAAUCUCCAAAACCAUCAAAGUCAUCCAGUUCGAAAGCUUCGAAAGCUUCCAAAAUUUCGAAAGCAUCAAAAGCAUCGAAAGCCUCCAGCAAGGACAAGUCGAAAUCACGGAGAUCUAAAUCGAGUCGGCGGUAUAAAUUGGAAAAGCAACCACUGUCGCCGCUUCUUGGAAAAAUGGUUGGUGAUAGUGCUGGUGGCGACGAAGAUGAUAUUCUUUCUCCACUAGCCUUGCAGACACCGCUAAAAAAGAAAAAGAAGGCAUCGAAAAUAACGAAAUCCAAGUCAGAGCGGAGUGAUUCCAGAAGCAAACGGUCCCGCUCCAGUUUGAGUCGUUCAUCCCACAAGUCAGUCAAGAAAAAUAGCAACGCCAAGGAAGAUCGAGCUUCUCCAGACAGAGGUCACCCUCGGCGAUCAAAGGAAAAUGAUAUCCCAGAAACGCCUUCAUCCAAGUAUGAUAACUCCUCACGACCUCAAAGGACACCACGAAGCGCUGGUCUUCUGUCGCCACCUUCGAAGCCAGAUGCAAUUAUUCCAGAAACCCCAGGAUCUAAAACUCAGCAAUCGUCAAUUCGAUCCGCAAAGAAAGGCUCGCCAUCGAAAGUCUCUUCUGCGAAAAUAAAACCCAAACGACGCCGCUCGAAGAGGGAAUCGAUUCAGAAAGCACCUUUCACAAAGCCAAGCAAACAAAACAAGGAAGCAAAAGUAGUCCCAACAGACGAUCAGCGUCAGCCAGUAGCAAAUGCUCAUGCCAUGAGCCCGUCGGAUAAAGAGAGUGUAGUGUCACCGAAGCAAAGUAAUCCCAAGGAAACAAACAGCCGCAAAGCAGAUUCGCCGGGUCAACACAAUGCAGUUUCUCCAGGUCAAGAGAGUAACAUUUCAUCAAGUCGACGGGCAGAUGAUGAUUUUGUAGAGUACGAGGAGGCAGAGUAUGAACAGCCACUUCAUCCAUCGACGCCGGGUCAACACAAUGCAGUUGCUCCACGUCAAGAGAGUAACAUUUCAUGCACUCGACGAGCAGAUGAUGAGUUUGUGGGGUACGAGGAGGUAGAAUAUGAACAGCCACUUCAUCCAUCGAAACCUAUUCACAUGAUAAGUUUUACAAAUGAAGUGGGACUACUGCCACUCGACGGAGACACAUCUAUCUCAUCUUCGUCUACAGAAGAAGAAGACGAAUAUGAGACAGAGUCAAGCGAAGGUGAAGGUGGGACUGAAUAUGGCUCAGAAGUGUCUGGAUCACAAAUACCGCAUUAUUCGAAUCAUGAUAGCAUGCAACAGGAUUCUACCGUUCCACCCUCGGAGGCUGAAUAUGAAAGCGACCUGGUCGAUGAUAGUAAUGCUGACAACAAAGAUUUCGGCAACGCCUAUGAGGAAUAUGAGUCAGAUAAGAGUCCUGCAGUAGGCAAAUUUGGCAAUGAUUAUGCUGGAGACAGUGUCGCUAUUGACGACGAUUAUGAAUCCGAUGACAGUGAUUCCUUUGUAGAAGAGGAACCAAUUGCGGAGCCGGCAAAGAGAAGUGGCAGACGGACUAUGUUACAACGGGCGGAGAAGCAGUCAGACUUGAGUCUGGAUGGUCUAGAUGAUUACGAGUCCGACAGCGACGACUCGAUUGAAGAACCACCGAAGCGGACUGGAAGAAGAGCUUUACUGGAGAGAUCAGUGAGCUCCGAUGAUUUGACUGCCGUUUUGGAUGAAUACGAGUUGGACAGUGACAGCGAUGACGGCGACAAUGGUGACAACAGUGACUCCUUUGUAGAAGAGGAACCAAUUGCGGAACCACCAAAGAGAAGUGGUAGGCGGACCAUGCUGCAGAGAGCGGAGAAGCAGUCAGAUUUGAGCCUGGAUGAUUACGAGUCCGACAGUGAAGAAUCCGAGAGUGAAGAAGAUCUAGUUGAGGAAUCUCCGAAAAGGACUGGAAGAAGAGCUUUACUGGAAAGAUCAGUGAGCUCCGAUGAUUUGACUGCCGUUUUAGAUGAAUACGAAUUAGAUAGUGACAGUGAAAGCGGACAAAACGAGGAUAAUGAGGGAUCAAGAGAUGGAUCCGACGACGAAUCGGACGACGAGUACGAACCUAACCAAAAAAGAAAGGGCGCCCGUGAAAGACAGAGUCGGCCAGUACCAGGAAGCAACAAUCGUGAACGAGAGAGUUGGCCAGUACCUGGAAGCAAUCCAAGGAAAAACUUACCACUCAGCGACGCUAGUUCGUCAGUCGAUUACACUGACGGCUCAGAUAGCAUUGGACUUGACAAGCAGGAUUAUGAAGCAAGUUCUGACAAUGAGCCCACCGAACAAAGCAAAAGAUAUGGCGUUGUGAACGAAAAUGACGACGACAGCGACUUUAACAGCGAUAAUGAGUUCGACUUUGAAGACUACAACGUCAUUGGAGUUUCUGACGAGUCAUCCGAUGAGAGUGAUUCAUAUUCAGCUGCUUCGGGAGUCGACUCUGUUGAAGACAGAAACUAUUACGCAAAGCUGGAUGCAGUUACAAGAAGAGAAGAUCAAUUGGCGCUACGGAGUCAGCGAUUGAGGAGGAAAGUGUAUCUAGCUGUUGGUAUUAUGUUUGUUAUGAUCCUGGCGUUGGUCAUUUUGUUCAUCGUGGAUCCUCUGGGGAAGGAUGUUCUUAUUCAAGAAGGAAGCAGAAGGCUGCGUGGACGACCAAAGAUACAAUAG